AUGGCCUUCGCUCGCAGGCUCGCGAUCCUCCCAGGAGGUCUAGGUGGACUUGGCUCAAGCAUUGGCAAAAAAUUGCAACAGCAAGGAGCUCGUGUUGCCAUUUUGUAUGCUCCUUUUGAGGCUGCUCGACGAGAUGAGCUGCUUGAGCAGGGAUACGGUGGAGGCUCUGACAUCGAUGACAUUCGCACCUAUGAAUGCGAUAUCACAUCCCCCGACUCUGUUCAGUCGGCUUUUGCAACCCUCGAAAAGGACAUAGUUUCUCCUGAUUCAUCGCCUGUGAAUGAGAGGGCGUUCCCAAGCAUCCUUAUCAACACCGCUGGGUAUGUGUCUCUGAGUGACAUGGAGAUCACACCUCCUGAGGAGACCAUGAAGCAUUUGACAACCAAUGUAUUCGGUCCGAUGCUUUGCUCCCAGGCCUUUGCGCGUCUCUACUUCGCUGCCUCGAAGGCUGCGGAAUCCUCGCCUAAUCCGCCGCCGCCAGGAAGAAUCGUCAGCAUCUCGUCGCAGGCGGCGCACGCAGCACUGCAUCGUCAUGGCGCUUACUGUGCUUCUAAGGCUGCACUCCAGGGCCUCACACGCAGUAUGGCUUCGGAAUGGGGAGGUCGUGGUAUCACCUCCAACACCGUCUCGCCUACUGUAGCAUGGACGGCUCUUGGCCAAAAGGCCUGGGGAGAGGACUCUGUCAGGGAGGCAUUCCUGGCAAAUAUUCCAACUGGAAAGUUUGCACUUCCCGAGGAGGUUGCCGAUUCGGUUCUAUUCCUUUGUCAGGACUCCAGCGGCAUGAUCAAUGGUGCCGACAUCCGAGUUGAUGGAGGCUUUACCAUCCGUUAA